AUGUCGCUGGAACAGCACCACGCCAACUCAUACUCGAACUUCCUCGGCGACAAGGACUGGGCCCAGAUUCUUAGCAACAACCCCGAGGCACAGGACUUGCUCUCAACUGCCAUUGCCCACCAUGACCAGUACCGAGAGGAGGACCCCAUGAAGCGCAAAGGCAACCUCUCCCAUCUCCAGUCCUCGAUCUCAUAUGCAAACAGCAAUCAGGAAGUACACAACUCGGACGGCGACAACAGCUCGGAUGAAGGUCACUCUCCCGGCGAAGGUAAACCUGCCCCCAAGAAAGCUGGUCGCAAGCCUUUAACCACCGAACCCACCAACAAGCGCAAGGCACAGAACAGAGCGGCACAGCGCGCGUUCCGUGACAGAAAGGAGCGCUAUGUCAAGUCGUUGGAGGAUCGCAUCAAGGAACUCGAGGAACUUAACCCAGGCAAGACUGACACCAAGCUGGCAGAGGAGAACCUGAACCUCAAGGUUCUUGUCCAGAAACUCGAGACCGAGAACUACUUCCUCAAGGAGCAGGCCUUCACUUUCGACUUCCCAAUUGCUCAACCAGGACUCUACAACCUCGCCAAGGGUGCCAAUGGCUCCAGCUCAGAGCAGUCGUCCCCUAGCCCAGUAUCACAACCCAUCAACAACCUUACUCCAACUGCAACAACUGCGGCUACUAAGAAGGCAGCACCCACAAAAAAGCCCUCCUUCACCAGUACCAAUGUCGCCAAGCCUCCAACAUACGACCAGCUUCCUUGGUCACCACCAUCGUCGAUUGGCGACAGUGUGCCCAACUCGCCAUUGGAGAACGCAGAGUCAACCCCUGAACCCGAGUCGACCACUCCUCGGACAACCUAUGUCGAUAAUGCAGGAAUUGUGCCCGGAGUUAACAAAAACACACACACAAGCACGGCCUCGGCCCGAGAUCUUGCUCUCUUUUCGUCGUUGCUGGACGGUGCUGGCAACACCUACUCGGUUGUGCCCAACCUUGGACCUAAUACCACCACUGCCAGCAGCCUGAGCGCCUACAGUCCGUCGACGGUUGCUAGCCAUCCUAGCCCCGCCAGUACAUUGAUCGCCACAUCCCAGCACUCUCCCUCGCCCACAAUCGACGACCUUGUGAACAGCACACCUCUGUUUGAUGCCCACGGAAACAUUACGUUCACACCCACGACAACCAACUUGGGACUCCCUUCAUUGACCUAUGAGCAGACCCAGGCCCUGUUUACGGAUUUCCGCGAUACCUCUGAUUCCCAUGACUUUUUCCCGACAUUUGAGGAUUCUGUCGACGCAGCCGCUUUCCCUCCAGAGGCGAUUGGCGGUUUGUUCAACGACCAACUGUUCAACUACACCAACUCAUUUGCGAACGUUGCUGCUACACCCGCACGAGAGGAGAGCCAAGAGUUCUUUGGCAAGGUCACCGAGUCGACCAAUAAGAGCUUGCCACCACUGGAUGAUAACGAGCGCGCACUUCCUUGCCCUGAGGUCUGGGAGCACAUUGCCAAGCACCCCAACUUUGACGAUGCGGAUAUUGAUGAUCUGUGCGCGGAGAUGAAGUCCAAGGCCAAGUGCUCGGGACAUGGACCUGUCAUCCCCGUCAAGGAGGUCACCAACAUCAUGAACCGGAUGACGCAGCAGUAA